AUGUAUGAUCUUGAAGCAAAUUUUACAGAUUGCUUGGGUGUAAAAAGAGGAUUGGCGCACUUUUUCAUUGUGAAAAUUUCAGAAAAUACUAAAUGGGUAAGAGAAUCCAAAUUGAAAAAACUGUUUAAAAUCAAAUAG